UGAAACACAUCCUCUCUCUCUCUCUCUCUCUCUCUCUCUCUCUCUCUCUCUUUUGAAACAUCAACACAUACGUUAACCAUGAAGCUUCAAAAACUCAUACUUUCUGCCGCCCUAGUCAUAACCUUUCUAUCCACAACCACCCAAUCAGUCCGGUUCGAGAUCGAAUCCGGUCGAACCAAAUGCAUAUCAGAAGACAUCAAAACCAAUUCUAUGACAGUUGGUCACUAUUCCGUCGUUAAUCCCAAUGAAGGACAACCUUUACCUGAAUCCCACAAACUCACUUUAAGGGUGACAUCAGUGUAUGGGAAUUCUCAUCAUUAUGCUGAUCUUGUGCAAUCAGGACAGUUUUCGUUCCAGGCUGUUGAGGGUGGGGAUUAUCUGGCUUGCUUUUUCGCGGUUGAUCAUCAUCCUGUGAUCAAGUUUUCGGUCGAGUUUGAUUGGAGGUCUGGUGUGGCUGCUAAAGAUUGGUCUACUUUAGCCAAGAAAGGUUCUGUAGAUGCAAUGGAAUUAGAACUAAAGAAGCUUGAAGAUACCAUAACCUUCAUUCAUGAGGAGAUGUUUUAUCUCCGAGAAAGGGAACAGGAAAUGCAACAACUUAACAGCAAGACGAACUCAAGAAUGGCGUUGUUGAGUUUUCUUUCACUAUUUGUUUGCUUGUCUGUGGCGGGUUUACAAGUAUGGCAUUUGAAGUCGUUUUUCGAAAAGAAGAAGCUCAUUUAAGUCUAGUGUCGCGAAAUUUUGUUUGAAGGUGUAGCGAAAAAAAGUCAUCAGUUGACCUAAAUGUAGGUUGAGGUUUAUAGUUAUAUGUAAUAUCCAAUAUCACAUAUAAUCUUUUGAUGUUUGAACCUAACUCUUUUGAUGUUUUAAUCGGCCUAUCCGCUAGAUGGCAAUA